AUGCCCAAUAGAACUUACAUAACGGCAGAGGAGAAGACGAUGCCAGGUCACAAACCCAUGAAGGAUAGAUUAACUCUAGCACUUUGCGCCAAUGCGAGUGGCGACUGCAAAAUCAAGCCUCUGCUAGUAUACCAUUCGGAAAAUCCCAGAGCCUUUAAGUCACAUAAGAUUUUAAAAGAAAAACUGCAAGUUAUGUGGAGGGCAAAUCCGAAGGCGUGGGUUACCAGGAAAUUCUUUGUGGAGUGGAUAAACCUGGUGUUUGGCCCUUCUGUUAAAAAAUAUCUACAGAAAAACAACCUACCCAUGCAAGCCCUUCUCGUCCUCGACAAUGCCCCUGCUCACCCACCAAAUCUCGAAGAUGAUUUACUCGAAGAGUUCAAGUUUAUAAAUGUUCUCUACCUACCACCCAACACCACUCCUAUCCUGCAGCCCAUGGAUCAGCAGGUGAUUUCUAAUUUUAAGAACUUGUACACCAAGCACAUUUUUCGGCGCUGCUUGGAGGUGACGGAGAAGACAAACCUUACCCUUCGAGAGUUCUGGAAGGACCACUUUAACAUCGUGAUAUGCCUAAGAAUUAUUGAUCAGGCCUGGCUGGGUGUUACAACGAGGACCUUAACCUCUGCAUGGAAGAAGCUGUGGCCUGAGGCUGUAGCUGAAAGGGCCUUCGAAGGAUUGGAACCCGAAGUGUCAGUGGUAGAGGAGAUUGUUUCUCUGGGAAAAUCCAUGGGUCUGGAGGUGGAUGAGAGAGAUGUGAACGGACUCGUCGAGGAACAGUCUCAGGAGCUGACAACCGAGGAGUUACACGAUCUACAUUCGCAGCGGCAUACGGUGGUUCAACGAAAAAUUAGUUUUGAAGAGGAGCCAGAGAUGGAGGAGGUUAUCUCUACAAGAGAUAUAAAGGAGAUCUUGGGAAUGUGGGAGAAAGUUGUAGAGUUCGUGGAUAAAAAUCACCCCGAAAAAGUUGCAACUGGUCGUGCAUCGGAGUUGUUCAACGAAACUUGCCUAACUCAUUUCCGCAAUAUCCUGAAAGGGAGGAAGAUACAAACCUCCUUGGACAGUUUUUUUAAACGAUCUGCAGGUGAAAAUAAGCAAAGCAUGACGAAAAAAGCGAAGAACAGUGACGAAAAUUAA